GCUCUCACCAUUUUCACGUUUUCACCAUUUCAUGUUCGUGUCAAAGAUUGACUAGGUUGAAGAUUCAUUGGUUCGUUUGUUUUUCGUGAAGAAAUAGUGUAAAUUGAUUUAUUUUAUGCUGUAACUAUUAUUUAAUUGGUGAUAAAUCUUAGCACGCAGAAGAAAGCGAAAGCAAAGCAAACGCAAAUAGAAAUAAAAAACCGCAAUACGCACGUAAAACAACAUGGCCGACCGUAGAUCGGGAGGAUCAAGUCGUAACAAUUUCAACGAUGAUAAAAAUUCUGCCGACAUUCCACCGAUGUCGCGGCUGUUUAUUAUCUGCAGUAAAACAGUUACGGAGGAAAAUUUGAGAGAGCAUUUCAAUCAGUUCGGUGAUAUCGAAGAAAUAUGGAUAGUGAAAGACCGACAGUCUGGUGACGCCAAGGGGGUGGCUUAUAUCAAAUUCUCAAAAACAUCAGAGGCUGCCCGGGCUCUAGAAGAAAUGAACGGAAAACUUAUUGGGGACAAUUCUAGACCAAUCAAGGUUUUAGUAGCAGCCAAUCGUCAGCAAGGAUCCCGAAAACAGACCGAAAAUGAGGAAGAAAAAUACCUCCGGUUGUUCGUAUUGAUUCCAAAGGAAAUGUCCGAAGAAUCACUGCGGUCGGAAUUUGGGCAGUACGGAACAAUCGAUAACGUGACAAUCAUCCGAGACAGGGCAACUAAGGAAGGCAAAGGAUUCGCUUACGUUAAAUUUAACCGUUUCACUCACGCUGCCCGGGCUUUCGAGGAUUGUGAUUCAAAGUACAAAGCUGUGUUUGCCGAACCGAAGCCAUCCCGAAACUCUUCAGUAUCAUCAAAUGAUAAUUUCGGUGGGUUCAGUAGCAGUGGGGGUGGAUCGAAUGGUUUCAAUGACGAUCGUCGUGAUCGAGGCUCUGGAAUGAGCGGCUCGGCUCCCAUGAUGGGCUUCGGCGGUAUGGGCGUUAGCGAUCGCAGAGGAAUGACGGGCAUGACUAAUGACCGGGCAACAAACUUUGGCUUUAACAGCAGCAAUUAUUCGGGACAACCCGGCAAUCAAACUGACACUUCACUGACAGUGCUGUGCAGUCCGUCUCUGAAUCAGGAUCAGUUGUGGAGGCUUUUUGACAUUAUUCCUGGAUUGGAUUAUUGUCAGAUUAAUAAUGAUUUCAACAGUCGCAAUGUUACGGCAACGGUGGUCUACAACAAUGCACAGUCGGCCAUGUAUGCUAGGGAUAAGAUUCAUGGUUUAGAAUAUCCACCGGGUGAACGUUUGAUCAUUCGUAUGGGUUUAGAAACGGUGGGCUUCAUGACCAGUAGCGAUCCAUUUAACAAUGGCGAGCGUAAAAUUCUAGAUCGCGAGGCGUCGUUUUGCAGUGUCCCUUUGCCGGCACCAUUAGCGAUGGCAAACCCGAAUGCCGAGGUAGCCCAGCGCUGCUUCAUCGUGUGCAUUCCAAAAGCCCUUCCGACCAGUGUACUGAAACAGACGUUCUGUCGCUUUGGAGAUCUAAUCGAUGUUUACCUGCUGCCGAACAAAAAUUGUGGGUACGCAAAGUUUGCCAGCGAGAAGAGCGCUAAAAAGGCUAUGGAAACUUUGCAUGGAGCGGAGAUUUUGAAUGUACGACUAAAGGUUUUGGAAGCCGAGGAACCUAGCAACGAUCGGAGAAAACGCAUGCGUCACGACGAUCGAAUGGAUAAUGAGUAGAUGUUCCACUUCAGUGAUUCGCUUAUGUCAGGGAGUCGUUGCGGUGCUUACUUAUAGUAUCCGCCGCACAGACGCUGCAAACGAGAAGACCUAGACAACAGAAAUGGACAAGGUAAAUUUCCGAAUCUUUCAGCACUCGCAUUGCGUAGGUUCUGUUGUUUCGUCCAUAUUCUCUAGGUGCUCGUACACUAGGAGGGCGUUGCAUGGGAUACCACAUCGAAGGAGCAUCUCAAGUGUGAGUUUGUACUGCUCGUACAGACUGCAUCUUAAAAUGCACGAAAUUGCCAGCGCUUGUAAGGCUGCUGGCAGACGUUGCCAACAAAGAUGUAUUUCGUUGGUUUACCCAUACUAGAUUGACAAAUAUUUUUAACACCCUAGCAGUAUCUUUUUGUCAGUCUAACUUUCCGGAACAGUUUCCUGUAUAGUUUUGCUUUCUAGAACACCUGCCACUUAGUUGUUUUUGACACUGUCUUACGCCAGUAAUCGGUACUAUAGACACAAAGAAGCACAAGGUUGAAUCUAAAGUAUAUUUUACGUUACAAUGAAAUUUAUUUCUGUUUGUAAGCUAAAAUGCUUAUGAUUUAUUCUGCGGUUUAUUGCAGUUUUUCAUGUGAUGCGACCGAAAAUGUUCAAAAAUUUAUGUAUAUUUGAUUAAGGUCACAGUUUUGCAAAUAUUCUCUCUUGGUGUGUAUAUGACACUAUGUAGAACAAAAGUUACUACAGUAAUUGAGUUUCUUUAACCAAUCCGAAAAGCUAUUGGGAACUAGGAUUUUUUUUAUUAGGAACAUUGAAUUUAUAUUGCUAAAGUAAGAACAAAGCAAUGCCUUGGUGCUACAUUCCGUUUCGAAACUCGACCUUCUGUUUAUUAUACACAGACUUCGCAGCCAACUGUUAAGUGUACAGGACGAUUGUGGGGCUAGCGCUACGAUCCUACUGACACUAACAGUCUCUCCCGAGCCGAGACUUGAACCUACGACGACUGGCUUGUUAGGCCAGCAUCGUACCUCGAGACCAGCUGGGAGAGUAUUGUUAAAGUAGGCAGCUCAAUACUCACAAAAUCACGUUAUACAUUUUAGUUGAAGUUAAUUGUAUAAUUAACUAGCAUUCUUGUACUCAAAUAUUUAACAGAUACGCAAACAAUGAUAAGACAUGGCACAUUAUUUUUCGUUCCUUGACGUUGACUACAUAAAAUCAUUUGAUAAAAAUACUCACCAUUUUUACAUUAAAUCAUAACCAUUAAGUUCUUUAGAUUAACCAACCAAGAAUUAACAUAUUUAUUUUUACAGAACUAUUUUACUACUUAACGCUAGAGACGAACGAACAAACCCUACCACAAGUACAGUACCCCCAAAAACAAAAGAAAAAAAACAUGCAAUCCUAGCCCCAGAUCAUUUCUGAACAACAACAACAACAACAGUCAGAAAGACCGCUUGGACUGGAACCAACCAAGACUUUGCUUCAUCUCAUCGGUUGAUACGAUAGAAAAAAGAAACGCUGGACCUGUACGCAAACGUACGAACUUCUGUCAACCUGUACUGCACUUCACAACCACGUAUAGGACUUCGAUCAAGAAGACUUCCAGACUUUAAGUACAAUUUUUCUGGACGAAGCAUGAGUAAAACAAGUCAGAUGUGUAGUGGAACAACUCUCCUGACGAGACUGGAAGAAGCACAGUAGUAAUAAGUCCAGUAGUGUGAAGUGACGACAAUUGGGACUGGAAUUGUUACGGUAGGAUUGUUAGCAACUAUAUCAUACAUUUUCUAGACAUAAGCUUCACGUACACAUGCAUGUGUAAGCCCGCAAUCUUCGGCGGUACCAACAUUGGUAUAUCGCCGGGCAUCUUUUACCAACUGACCUUCUAAUUAUUUGUUGUCACUAUGCUACUAUUCUACUGAUUAGAUAUCAUUUUACUGUGACUCAUCGAUCCUUCAGACAACACAAUUACUGUAGCAAUCGACAGUAACUUCGAAUAUUAUUAAUAAGGUGUGAUUCAAACUUUCCUAUACUUACCAAACCUAAGGAUUACUUCUCGAAAAAUAUGUCUAUAUACGAUUGAACAGGCUGUUCAUGGUCACACCGAUUGCAUGAGAUUAAAUCUAAAUUUAAAAUUAUCUUGGAAGACCCAUAAUAAUGACAUUAAAUAUAACGAUUAGCAGAAACGAUAAAUACAUUACACAAAUAAAGUAAAAAUACAUAUUUUACGACAUUUGCACAUACUACCAAAACACAAACAUACAUUCGUUACACUAAUCAAUGCAUCAUUCAAUUUAUUCGCCGCAGUUAAUUAAUCAUCAUGAUAGAAAGUACUUUUUUAGCAGCAAAGUUUUAUAUUUAUUCGUACAAGCAACACAAGGGUCUACACCAAUUAAGCAACCGUCAAAGAUUUCCGUUAACGUUCCGUUAACUGUACAUUUUUUACCGCCAAUAAUACAGUUCAAUAGUUUAUAUUGUUGUAUUCCCACGCGAUAGGCACGAAUAGUUUUACCCGUUUGGUAGACAUUUUUUAAAGCCGAUUUUUCUUUCCGGACUUGCGAACACAAUUCAAAGUGGUAAGCUUACUUACACCCGUUUUUUCGACAUAUUAACUUCAACAAAACACAGAGACGAAAUUCUUGGUUCUGAAUCGGUGCGUACUAGAUUUCCUUUCUUCCGCCAAAACCGAACAAAUACGGACAAAUAGCGUAGAUCAAUGUAACCACAGAAAAUGGUCCAAAUCAUCAGAUGAAGCGAUUUAUUCAUAUUCAUAUACAAUGUCCACCAGUUCAUUCUAAUCAGAGAUACGCUGGACAUUAAACGUAGAUGGUUUCUUGUCUACUUAUCGCUGCGCGAUAUCCUUUAUCGUGGGAGUAACAAAUUUCAUCGUAAUACAGAUAUACAUUUACUCUUUCUCAAAUUUCAGUUUUGUUUCUAGUAACAAACGGUAUUUUACCCAGUAAAUAUACGUUUUAAUCUGUGAAAAGGUGUAUUACAAUAUAUUAGUAAUUAUAAAUAAGCAGUAAUGAUUGCCGGAAUGUAACCAAGACAUAAGAUAAAUAAAGAUUUGCCAAUUCAUUUUUAGUGAA